AAACUCCAUUUGUCUCUAUGGAUUUGUUUUUUUAAAGAAAACUUUUGCACAACCUAAAACGUUUCUACAUGUUGGUGCCUCGCUUUGCAGCAUGUUUUUGGUGUUUUGCAAACUUUGAGUGCCCUGCAGUAAAUGCUGGUGCAACACUCAGCAGCAGCGGCAGCAGCAGGAGGAGGAAACCAACCCAGAUGAGAAUUUCCAGCGGCUGAGCGGGGUUUCCAGUCUGGGCGGAGCGACGCGGCGCAGGAAGUUCCUCUGCAGCCAGAUGGAGUUUCUCUGUUAUUCCGCCGGACAAACGCGCUCCCUGCCGCGGCUAUAAAGACAGAGCGCUGCCCGGAGCUCAGCACACAGCCGGGGAGAGGAUGGCCGUCCUGCUGGAUCUGACCCGCUGCUGCCGCUGCAGCCCCGGAGCCUCGCUGCUGCAGGAAGCGGACUCGCACGUCUUUCUGCUGUGCGGCGCGGAACGUCACCGGCGUGAGAACGGCCUCUCGGACCCGUCCCCGGGCUCCCACAGGAGCGUUCACGUCCUGGACUCCGGGUCCACCGCGGAGCGUCUGUACCGACUCAAGCGGACCCUGGACGAGCUGGACCUGAGUGCUGUCCGGGUGCUGACCACGGCGCGGGGCAGAGAGGUGCUGGCUCGGUACCAGGAGACGCUCUUUACCGCUGUUUAUACCUUUAAUUACGACGUGACGCAGAAGGACAAGGUGACCUGUUCGGACUGCUGUGGCUCCGCCCACACGGACUCACCUGAGGGUGACGCGGAGGAAGAAGUGUCGGCCUUUCUGCAGCAGCUGCCCGCUUUGAAGGGAGACAUCAGAACCCUGCGGUCCACUUUGAUCCCAGACUGCUUCGGCCACGGCUUCAGCACCCGUUCAGGCGGCGUCUCCUACAUCCCCACUCUGUCCUCCUUGAAUCUGUUCAGCAGCAGCAGGAGGAGGGACCCGCGGGCCGUGGUGGAAGAAAACAGGCGGCGCCUGGCCGUUCACGCCGGCUUCCAUCCCAUUCCCCUGCGUCUGGUCAAGGUGAACCAUGCCAGCGACGUGUGGGUUUUGGGGAAACCCGAGCCGGAGAGCUACGACUCCAUGGUGACCGAUGAGACGGGGGUGGUUCUGGCGGGUCAGGGGGCCGACUGCUUGCCCAUCCUGUUCGCCGAUCCCGUGAAGAAGGUCAUCGGGGCAGCGCAUGCAGGUUGGAGAGGGACCUUGAUGGGCGUGGCCACGGCAACCGUGGACGCCAUGGUGACGAAUUUUGGUUGUCGGUACGGCGACAUCGUGGUGGCGGUGGGGCCGUCCGUGGGGGUGUGCUGCUUCACGCUGGACAGAGAGCAGGCAGCAGACUUCAUUUCCAUCCAUCCAGACUGCGUGCCUGAUCCAGAGUCGGCCAAGCCACACGUGGACAUCCUCCUCGCCAACAGAGUUCUCCUCCAGCAGCGCGGCGUCCUUCCAGAACACAUCCACGACAACACGGAGACCACCCGGCCCCCCGUGACGCCCUGCACCUCCUGCAAUCCCGACGACUUCUUCUCCCACGUCAGAGACGGAGUCAACUUCGGCACCCAAGUGGGUUUCCUGUGGAUCAAGGAGAGCGGAGAACAGGCCAGCGCUCCGGAGAGCCAGACGGGCCAACAGGGCGGACCUUAAGACGUGGAGAUGAACCAAAACUCGACAGCUGAGAACUUCUUUUAGUCAAAUCCGACGGGUCGGGUUCCAGUUGCCGGCAAAGAAAAUCUGAUGUGAUUCUUUGGGAAACUGUGAAGAACUACUAAUCUAGUAGACUACGUACUAAAGAACACCUUCAAAGGACGAAACAGCUGGAAUAAACUACCAGAGUUCUG